UCCCCUUAGAGAACAAUGACCGGGCUCUGCCUCCUGCUGUUCCUCUCUGUGGCUACUAAAGAAUGCAGCGCAGCUGUGAACCAUUCUCUUGAGAUGCUCUGGCAGGACAACCUCUGUGCAUCUUCCUUUUCUUCCCUGCCUAGAAGCUGCAAGGAAAUCAAACAAAGUUGUCAGAGAGCAGGUGAUGGCCUGUAUUUCCUCCGCACUGAGAAUGGGGUCAUCUACCAGACCUUCUGCGACAUGACCACAGACGGUGGUGGCUGGACCCUGGUGGCCAGUGUGCAUGAGAACUACAUGGCUGGGAAGUGCACAUCGGGUGAUCGCUGGUCCAGUCAGCAGGGCAGCAGAGCAGACUACCCAGAGGGGGAUGGCAACUGGGCCAAUUACAACACCUUCGGGUCCGCGGAGGCAGCCACAGGUGAUGACUACAAGAACCCCGGCUACUACGACAUCCAGGCCCAGGACCUGGAAAUCUGGCACGUGCCCAACAAGACGCCCCUGCAGCACUGGAGGAAGAGGUCCUUGCUGAGGUACCGCACCAACACUGGCUUCUUCCAGAACUUGGGACACAAUCUGUUUGGCCUCUACCAGAAAUACCCAGUGAAAUACGGAUCAGGGAAGUGUUGGACUGACAACGGCCCGGCGAUUCCUGUGCUGUAUGACUUUGGCAAUGCUCAGAAAACCGCAUCUUAUUACUCACCUGUCAGCCAGUUGGAAUUUGUUGCUGGAUUUGUCCAGUUCAGGGUGUUUAACAAUGAGAGAGCAGCCAAUGCACUGUGUGCUGGGAUCAGAGUUACUGGCUGUAACACUGAGCAUCACUGCAUCGGUGGAGGAGGAUACUUCAAGGAGGGCAAUCCCAGGCAGUGUGGGGAUUUCUCCGCCUUUGACUGGGAUGGAUAUGGAACUCAUCAGGGUUCUAGCAGCAGCCGGGAGAUCACCGAGGCAGCUGUGCUGUUGUUCUACAGAUGAGAGCUCUGCGGUGUGCGACCAGGAAGCCAUCUCUAAACCCCAGACCAUCAGAGACAGGGCAUCUGGAAUGGAAU